UCAACACCCAUGAAUCGACUCUUAGUUCAACGUGGCUACUUCUACACUUUCACAGACAUUCAAGUGAGUUUCUUUUCAGCUGGCACAAAUUUUCUUCAUUCCUUGAGAAGAUAUCAACACCGUGAGGUAACCCCUACCAUGGAAGCCACAAGGGGCAAAUCUGUUGUUAUUUACCUCAUGCGAAAUGACUUGCGAGUUCAUGACAACGAGUGCUUACAAUGGGCACAUCAGAAUAGUGACUUUGUGAUUCCUUUGUUUUGCUUUGACAAGAGCAUACUCAGUCCCACUGCUGUAACAUGGCAUUACAAAUUUGCAAAGACAGCAAUGCACAGAGCCAAGUUCAUUCUGGAGAGUGUGUCUGACUUAAGAGAAUCAUUAAGGGAACUUGGAAGUGACCUAGUUGUGCGCACUGAGCAGACAGCAAAGGAAGCAGUUUCAGACAUAAUUAGUUUAUGCCAGGAAAAGAAUGAAGGACAUGUUGCACUUGUUUAUCAGAGAGAAAUCACAAAGGAAGAAACAGAUGUAGAAGCUGAAUUGAUGAAGGUUUGCGAAGCAAAAAAGGUCAUUGUGAAGUCCUUCUGGGGAUUGACACUGUACCAUUUGGAAGAUUUACCAUUUGCCUCAGUGAAGUUUUUGCCUGACACAUACACAGAAUUUCGGAAAACUGUUGAGGCAAAAUGCAGAGUGCGGCCUUUGAUUCCAGCCCCAGAUUGUCUAAAAUCACUGCCUGCAUUUUUAAAAGAUGAUCACGUUGGCAGAAUGCCAGCUUUAAAGGAACUUGCAAAGGAUUAUUCAGAAGAAACAGCAGAUUCAAGAUCAGCUUUCCCAUUUUCUGGAGGAGAAACUGCUGCUCUCAAAAGGCUUAAUCAGUACCUAUGGGACACAGAUCUUGUCGCAAGAUACAAAGAGACUCGCAAUGGACUUAUUGGAUCAGACUACUCAACAAAAUUCAGCCCAUGGCUAGCUGUGGGAGCUCUCUCACCAGGGAAAGUCUUUGAUUGCAUUAAAAGGUAUGAAACUGAGUGUACAGCAAAUCAGUCCACUUACUGGGUCAUUUUUGAGCUGCUGUGGCGAGAUUAUUUCAAGUUCGUCAGCCUCAAGUAUGGCAACUCCAUCUUUUACCUGUCAGGAAUUAUGAGGAAAACAGGUUUGCCAUGGAAGCGAGAUAUGAUGGCAUUUGAACAGUGGCAAUAUGGGCAGACUGGAGUUCCAUUUGUGGAUGCAAAUAUGAGAGAGCUACUCUACACAGGAUGGAUGUCCAAUCGUGGACGUCAAAAUGUGGCAAGCUUCUUGGUAAAAGAUCUUGGGCUUGAUUGGCGCAUGGGAGCUGAGUGGUUUGAAUCUCUACUUCUAGAUCACGAUGUAUCCAGUAACUAUGGCAAUUGGAAUUACUCAGCAGGCGUUGGCAAUGAUCCCCGUGAAAAUCGAAAGUUCAAUAUGAUCAAACAAGCUCUUGAUUAUGACGCAGAUGGAGAUUUUGUGAGGCUUUGGGUUCCAGAGUUGGCUGGUUUGAAAGGAGCCAAAGUUCACACCCCUUGGCUGUUGUCAUCAUCAGAACUGAAACACGCAGGUGUAACUCUGGGGGAAAACUAUCCCAAGCCAAUGGUCUGCCCACCAGAAUGGAGCCGGCACACAUCAAAAGUGAAGGACUCAAGAAAAACACCAAGGGCACAGCAUAGAGGAAUUGACUUCUAUUUUAAGUCUCCAGAGGGGGCUGGUUCAUCCAAGAAGAGAUAUUAGAGAGACUCUGUUUAGGAUAGAUAUGUUCUCUUGAUGGGUAAUAGACCAAAUGUUAAGUUCUCUGUUAUUAGUUAGAUUAAUUGUCUCCACAGAAAAAAAGAGUUUCUAAUGAUCAUGAGGAACAUUUAUUGACUUCUUGACAAAGGAGAGUUAUUAUGUAUUGAAUUGUUAAACAUUUUUAUUUGCUGACAUUGUUGGCAAUGAAGCAAUCUCAACCCCAGAUUGCUACAGUUAUGUGAUGGGUUUUGUUAAGCUUUAGAGAUCCACAGGCUUAUAAAGAAACUAAAUUAAAUAUUUCUUGACAUCUA